AUGUCUAAGACGCGGCUGUGCGGGUGCUCGUUCGCAGGGAAGGGGCGCCUGUACCCUGCCUACAGCCUGAGCGGCUCGGAGGGCGAGAGUGAGCCGCACGAGUCGCCGUCUCCGGCGCACUACCGCUCGCUGCGGCGGCCGCCGCCCGCGCAGCCGGCGCCGCCCCCGCACCCGCUCGCCGCCGCCAACGCCGCCCCCAACGCUGCCGCCAACGCCUACCAGCACCACACGUACCAGACGCCCUUCCACCACCAGUACCAGCCGCACCCCGCUGGGCUCAGCGACACGCCCACGUCGGAGAACGCCAGCGAUGCCACGCUGACGGACUCGGAGCUGGCUCUGGCGCGCGACUCCACGCUGCUGGUGCACAACGGUGAGUACACCUUCUAUCCUCUGACAGCUGGGAUCGUGUGA